AAUUAUCGUAUAUAAGUUGCUUCAAAAGAUAGUUCGUUGUUAAGAAUUGGUUCAGUCUGCUUGUAAAGUUAGAAAAUACAGGAAGUUAGAGUGAGUGCAGUUACCCAAAAUAACGUUAAUCGUUUUUGGCUAAUUAUUGCGCGAUGGAACAGCUUACCAGUGGUGAGAUGAAAAGUACAUUAGAAAAUUUUGAAUGCUGCAAUACUAAUCAGGAUGUGGAUUUUAAUACGAAAUACAAGAAUUGCACUGAUUGCUCGAAUCGUGAUGUCUUUUCUCGGAUACUUAAACAGAGAACUGGCGGUAACUGGAAUAAGCAGAAUUCACAAAAACGAGCAAUACAAUCAGUUGCUAUAAGUCUUGUGAUUGCAGUUUGGAUGUUUGUUUUGCAAACGGCAAGUGCCACUCCCUACAGAGAAAUUGCUAUCCUCUUAGAUCAAGAAAGAGUUCCAUAUUUAAGCAGACCUGCUGGAUCUGAAAACCCUCCAAUUGUGAGCAACGGCAAUGGUCACAGCAAUUUUUCGGGGAAAAUUGAUGCAGUACAAAAAGAGGUCAACCAGCUCAUAUCUGUUUUAAAUGCAACUAAUACGCCACAAGUGAGUAACAGUCUUGCCAACCCCGGCAGUUCGGCCACAGGAACGUUCGUACCUCCUCCUACAGGGGACAAGGUUAAAGAGUUGGAAAACGAGAUGAAAAAAAUGAAGGAAGAUAUACGGAAAUUGUUGGAAACGUCAAGCUUAUCAGAAGAAGAUAGAUCACGGCUUGCUCGUUUGGAAUCGUCCGUAGAAAUAUUGCAAAAGCUUUUGGAUGCCCAAAGGCUGCAAUCACGAGAAAAAAUGGAGGAAUUGGAGAAAAUGAUUCAGGGGUUAAUUGGUACCAUAAAAAUACUUAUGAGAGAGAUUGACGAACUCAAAAAUCGAGCUGCAGCGAAUGAUGAGGAGAAAAAGCUGAACGGAUUACCUUUAGAAUGCAUUGCUGCCGUGAAGAGUCACGAUUUUGUAACUGCUGAAAGGAAGCUUCAAGAGAUUAAUGAUGAUAGCAGAAUAAAUAUGAUCGUUAAUAAAGUGUAUGAAUAUCAACAGAGUAACUUCGAUUUGGUGCUCAAAUUCGGGGACAGCAUAAGCGAUAAGCACAGGAGUCUACUGAUUUUCAAAGCUUUGAAUUAUGAACUGUUGAGUAACGGCCACAAAGAUGCGCAACGAAUGAUAAAAUUGAUUGAAAGUUUAAGAAAGGGAAUACUCAAUCAACCAAGUUCUUCGUCUCAGUUGAAACAAGAAACACAAGUGUUUGAAAAUGAACUAAUCAAUUCACUUAAACCUGUAGUAAAAGAAAAGUUGAAAAACGGUAUGCUAAAUAAUUAUUACGAGACAAACGUCGAAAUUACUACGCUAUCCAACAGUGUAUAUCGUAUCAGUGCUGAAUUAUUCAGAAAUUUGCUUACGGAAGUUGUCAACGAAGUAUAUGGGAGAAUAGAUACAAAAAGAUUACUUUUUUAUGUAAGAAGCCAUACCUUCCUCGAGCAAACCAUUUCGGGAUAUGAUGCUGUAUUCAGAAAGAUAAGAUAUUCUAACAACGAUUCUUUAUUUAGUCUUGCCUACUAUGUUAAGGAUGCUAUCGCUUCAACUAAUUAUGCCAGACUUGACGCUUAUAGUAAAUCUACCUUAAAUAAUAUUAAAAAUUCACUACCAGUAUCUGUGAGAAAUGCAGUGUUUUCAUCUAAAGUUUGCAUAGUAAACGUCAAGUAUCCAAAAAAUCUCUAUGCGUCUGGGAAAUACCUGCAUGACAGACCGAGACGUCACGUGUUCACGGCGAUGCCUGGCAAUAAUGAAGUUGGUAAUCAAGAAGACCGUUGGACAUUGAAGCGAGAGAAUGACUAUUUCUUUAUUUACAACGUGGCUCAUCGGGAGUACAUGUAUUCUCCCAGUGAUUAUAAAGAUUUUAAGCAAGGAAAAGAUAGAAGAAAGGUCUUCACGUGGACUGCAGGUGACUCAUUCGAUAGUUGCAGAUGGUAUAUUGAACCGUUUGGAGACAACGUUGAAAUAAAAAGUGUUGAACGGUCAGAAUAUUUAUAUACAUCGAAUACCUAUACACAUAAACGGUAUAACCAGAAAAUGUUUACAUGGAUUCCAAAAGCGCCAGUAGGUAACGGGUUAUGGAAAAUUGAAGAUUGCAGUAAUUGAAGAUUGAUAGUUCACGAAAAUAAUACAAAUAUAUUUCCAGAAUGUAAACACAUAGCGACUUUUAUUUAAUUUUUAUUGAAAAACUACUUUCAGGAAUAUAUAGAUUUUCUUUCUGCCUUGUUCUAUAUUUCGAAUGGAUUAUGGCCCGCUGAGUCAUUAAGCAUUUCCACAGCUUAUGAUUGAAGGCUUGUCUUUGCUUGCCAUAUCUUGUGGGGCAAGGAUACACUUAUGCCCAGGAGGUCAAGGCUGUGCCC